AUGGCGACCGAAAAAGGGGACCAGAACCCCGAGAAGAUUGAGCAGCCCAUGACACAGAAGAUUCCAUACUGGCGACUGGUGGUGGAUCAAGGCGUCCUCACCCAGCAAAUUAUCGACCAUCCCUACAAAGGCUCGGGAACCGAGGAGGAUCCAUACGAGGUUGUUUGGAUUGAGAAUGAUCCCCGCAAUCCUAUGACAUGGAGUCAGCUGCGCAAAUGGUCUUUAACCAUGACUGUUGCGGUUUCGACGCUGGCAGUCGCACUGGUUUCUUCAGCUUAUACCGGUGGUGUUCGAGAGAUUGAAGCCGAGUUCCAUAUUGGAAGUGAGGUUGCUACGCUUGGUGUUUCCCUCUUCGUCUUGGGUUUCGCGAUUGGACCUCUGCUUUGGGCACCUCUGAGUGAGAUGUUCGGCCGUCAAAUCAUUUUCACCGUCACCUAUUGCGCACUCACGGCCUUUAAUGCUGGAAGUGCUGGCUCUCAGAAUAGCUGGACUCUGAUCAUCCUUCGUUUCUUCGCUGGCGCUUUCGGAGCCUCGCCAUUGACCAAUGCGGGUGGUGUCAUCGCUGACAUGUUUCACGCCAAGCAGAGAGGUAUCGCGAUGAGUCUCUUUGCUGCCGCUCCGUUCUUGGGUCCUGUUUUGGGUCCGAUCAUCGGUGGCUUCCUCGGAAUGAACGGAGGAUGGCGAUGGGUCAUGGGCUUCCUGGGUGCCUUCUCUGGCGCGGUUUGGAUUAUCUGCACUCUUUUCGUUCCCGAGACCUAUGCACCUGUUCUCCUUCGUCGCCGCGCCGAGAAGUUGUCAAAGCACACCGGUAAAGUGUACGUCAGCAAGAUCGACAUUGACCAGGGCAGAGUUACUCUCAAGGAAGCUUUCAAGACUGCGCUUUCUCGCCCAUGGAUUCUGCUUUUCAAGGAACCGAUCGUCUUCCUCCUGAGUUUGUACAUGGCCAUCAUUUAUGGAACGCUCUACAUGCUCUUCUCUGCCUACCCGAUCGUCUUUCAGGGAGUCCGUCAUUGGAACCAAGGCGUUGGCAGUCUUCCAUUCCUGGGAAUCAUGGUUGGCAUGAUGUUUGCUGUCGCCUACAGUGUUUGGGACAACAAACGUUAUGUCCAGGUUCAAGAGAGGCACGGUGGGUUCGCUCCCCCCGAGGCACGCCUGCCGCCCACCUUGAUUGCUUCGAUUGCCAUCCCUAUUGGACUCUUCUGGUUUGCUUGGACCAAUUAUCCGUCAAUCCAUUGGAUUGUUUGCAUCAUAGCCGGUGCUCCGUUCGGUUUCGGUAUGGUUCUGGUUUUCCUGGGCAUCAUGAACUACCUCAUCGAUGCAUACACCAUUUUCGCCGCUUCAGUCCUCGCCGCCAAUUCCGUCCUCCGUUCUAUCUUCGGUGCCGUUUUCCCGUUGUUCACUACCUAUAUGUAUUCGGACCUAGGAAUUCAUUGGGCGUCCUCAAUCCCAGCGUUUUUGGCGCUUGCGUGUGUUCCGUUCCCUUUCCUCUUCUAUAAAUACGGCGCGACCAUUCGUAAGCGCUGCGAGUAUGCGGCCAAAUCAGAUGCGUUCAUGCGGAAGAUUGCGGAGCAGAUGCAGCAAGCCUCAGAACCAGAGUCUGAGGAGACAGAGGAGCCGGUCUUUGACCGGACGGAGGCACCUGCCCCUGAGCUAUCCGAUGUCAGCGAGACUGAGUCUAACGUUGAAGAACUUCCGGAUGUCCGGCAGAUGCGCAGUAGAGCGUCCACGCGGACGGCUGCUUCGUUGCGUCGCGUCGUUAGCUAUGAGGGAAAUCCUUAUGAUAUCGACCGUGUCAACACUCGCGAGUCGUUCAAGAAAUGA